UCGCGUCUGGAUACUACUAUGCCGGACCUCGAGAGGCGAUUGGUUCGCAAGCUCGACUGCUUUAUUCUCGUGUACUGUUGUGCAGCGUAUUUCUUCAACUACUUGGAUCGCUCGGCCUUUUCCAACGCGUACGUGUCUGGGUUGAAGGAGUCGCUGGGACUCAAAGGCAAUGAGUACAGCAUCCUGCUGUCCAUGUUCACGGCGGGGGGUUGUACGGGCCAGAUACCGCACGCUCUGAUUAUCCAAAAGGUGGCGCCUCGCUUCUGGCUGCCCUUCACGCUACUGGUAUGGUCCGGCCUGACCAUGUGCUCUGCGGCGUGCAAAACAUAUGCUCAGCUCUGCGUCGUGCGCUUUUUGCAGGGGUUUUUCGAGGCGAGCUUGUAUAGCGGCACCAUUUACAUUCUCGGGUCUUGGUAUAAGCCGCUGGAGAUUGCAAAGAGAACUGCUAUUUUCACGGCUGUUGGCCAGAUUGGUAGCAUGUUCGCCGGUGUCAUGAUGACUGCGAUGAAUGAGAGCCUGCACGGACAGACGUCUCUUGCAGGGUGGCAGUGGGUAUUCAUCAUUAACGGGGCCAUGGGAAUCCCCUUUGGCAUCUUCGGUUUGAUGUUCUUUCCGAACCUUCCCGAGUCGCCCAACGCGCCCUAUCUCAGCAAAGAAGAAAUCCAGCUCGCACUGGACCGCCUCCCGCCCAAGAAAGAUUGGAGUCACGACAUCAGCCUCAAGUCACUGGCCAAGCGGAUUCUCACCAAACCAGAUGUCUACAUACUCACGCUGUACUCGAUGAUAGCAUGUGCGCUCGAAGCGAUUGUAGUCCAAGGCCUCUUUCUCCUGUGGAUGAAGUCUCACAUCGAGCAAUUCCCAACAUAUGCGACGACCACGUAUCCCCUCGGCAUCCAGGCCGUCUCGAUUGUUUCAAAUAUCGGAGCUGGCUACGUCAUCGAUGUAACGAACCGCCGUGUGCCCAUGGUCAUCGUAGCCGGGUCUCUGCAGCUGAUCGUGGUCAUACUCCUGCUGAAUCCCAAUCUGCCGACUGCUGGAGUCUUUUUCGGAUUCUACCUGGCCGGCACUUCAUACAUUGUGAAUCCCGUCUUGUACGGGUGGGCCAGUAUUAUUUGUCAGCGCAGUGGCGACGAUGCCUCAAGAUCAGUCAUACUCUAUAUUAUGAGCAUGGUGCAAUCUAUACUAUACACCUUCUGGGGCCUGGCCCUCUACCCAGCCACAGAUGCGCCCUACUGGAAAAAGGGCUACAUCGCCAUGAUUGUGGUGGUAUUUGCAUUUUUCGCGGCAACAGCUGCCGUAACUUGGGUGCGUAUAUAUCGACACGCCCCACCCGGGUCGUGA